AUGAAUUGUCAAUUGUUUAAUGAACCAAAUCAUACAACAAUUUAUAAAGCAUAUCGUACUGGUUAUCCACAAGAAUUAUAUAAAAAAAUUUUGGAAUUUUAUUUCAAUACAACCAAUAUCGAUUUCAAUAAUGAUGAUAAUGAUAAAAAAAUUCCAUUAGCUUUAGAUGUUGCCUGUGGCAGUGGACAAGCAACUAUUGAUUUAAGUUAUUAUUGUCAUCGAGUUAUUGCUAUUGAUUGUAGUGAAAAUCAAUUAAAAAAUGCAACAUUAAAAGAAAAUAUUGAAUAUCAUUGUUCUAAUGCAGAAAAUUUAACAUUUCUAUCACCUAAUUCAAUUGAUCUUAUUACAGUAGCAACAGCAUUACAUUGGUUUGAUAUUCAAACAUUUUUUCAACAAGUUGAUCGUGUUUUAAAACCGAACGGUGGUGUUCUAAGUGUGUGGUGUAUCGGUUUUCCACUAUUAGACAAUUCGAAAACUAUUGAAAUUCUAAAUAAUUUCUAUCAAAAUGAUCUUCAUGGUUGUUGGAGUGAUCAAGCACAAUUAGUGAUUGAUAAUUAUGAAUCGAUACUCGAUACAUUUCCAUAUCAACAAACAAGAAUAAAACAUAUUAUCACCUAUGAACGAGAAAUGUCUAUUCUUCAAUUGGUUAAGUUGAUUGAAACAUGA